GUGAUUAGUGACAGCGUUCCGUGACUGCAUCAUGAUGCAAGUCAUUCUUAAUGCUCUCACGUCCGAGCCGCGUCCGAGUCCCGGGUUUCUAUUACGAUUUCAAGUUGCGUCAACGGUUAAGUUUUUCGGGUUACGAAGCCAAGGCUGUGAUGAGCAACUACAAAUAUCUCACAUCUCAUCAUUCUCAUGGAGCUAGAAUCACCCCCCAAAUUUUAGCAUGUCCACAGAGCUCAAGGCUGUUCGCAAAAAGCGGACCACAGAGGCUAACCCUGCUUCCGACGGAGACCAUCGCAAGCGUCGACGCAAUCGUACAACUCAGUCAUGUCUUAAUUGCCGCACAUCCAAGAGAAUGUGCGACCGGAAGCGUCCUUGUGGCCGCUGCACGCAAUUAUGUCUGACCGGCCUUUGUGUCUACGAAGUGGACAAUCCUUCCCAGCGAAGUGAAGUUCAAGACGAGGGUUCGCGCCUUCGUCAACGAGUUGCCAAGCUCGAGGGAGUGAUACGCGAGUUGAAGAACAAAUCCCAUCCUCGCUGGGUUCAAGCGGGUUCGACCCCAGAAGUAGAAUUUGAGAGGUGCCACACCCGCUCUCAGUCUGAUUCGGCUGUUGAGCAGCAACAGACCGAACAGCAAACCAAGACAAAAAGCACAUCUUCGUCGAGCGCCUCUCCAUCUCGCACUACUUGUUCGACAUCAAGCCCUAGGGAUGAGUCACAUCCGUCCCCUCAGCUUCCAUCCCCCUCACACCCACGUCCUGCCUUGACUUUUCCCCAACCAGCCGACUUACCAAACACAUCUGCGUCAUACUUUCCUCACUUCAGUAAUAUAUCAUCCCCCUUGAGCACACCCUCUCCUAUAAUGACGCCGACCGAUGAAUAUGCGCAAACUCAAGCUCUUGUUGUGGGAGAGCAACCACUCGCCGGAGAAUUCGACCUUGCUUCUAUUUUCAUGUCGUUUCCAGGUUUGAUUGGAUGUGAAGAUAACCUGGGACAUAAUGUUAUUACCGGUUAUCUCGACGAUACCUGCCAGUCUAAUCAUUGCCACGAUACUUCUGCACACGGUCAUUGCGGCUGCCUGACCGAAGAAUCGAGCUACAAUGUAGUGCUCGAGCUUUCUCUGCGCUUGCGUAAAGCAGCGGACAUCCUAAGCCGGUCGGCAUAUCACCAUCUUGGAUCCAAUAAUUGCGCCCUUAACCAGCGAAUUAUGGAACUUGACGGUUUUGCUACGACGACACUAGGUAAUAUUACUACACCACCUAACGAUAUCAAUCAAAUACAACAUCCGCUCUCUCAUAAACUCAUUCCACCAUUGUCUACUUUUGGUACAGCAUCGGGGCGCACCAUGCCUGCUUCGACAGUCUCUCCACAGACUCUGCAAGGAAUUACCUCCUGGGAUAUUCCUAUGUCGUCUGUGUCGGAUUCAUCACUUGUUCGCGAAGACUCAUUUAUCUUUUGGUGGCUCAUUGGUGGGCUCCAGCAGUACUAUGCAUGA